UCAUGGAAACAAAACAAUACAAGGAAAAAAUCAGACAACUUCUAGAUCCCACAAUUUACAAGAAACUGAAACAAGACCCCACUAACAAAAUCACCAGAAAAACGAACACUCUAAUCAAGAACUCCUCCAUUAACUUUGACAUACGCCAACAGCUGUGCAAAUCAGAAGCCCUCCCACCCAGGCUUUACGGACUCCCCAAAAUCCACAAGGACUCCAUCCCACUCAGACCCAUUGUAAGUGCCAUUGGAUCGCCGACUUACAACCUGGCAAAAUUUCUGGCUACACAGCUACAAACCCACAUUGGGCUCACUGCACAUUAUAUCAAGGACUCUACACACUUUAUAGAAAAGAUCAGCAACCUCAAUCUAAGCACCAAGGACAUCCUGAUCAGCUUUGAUGUGGUGUCCCUUUUUACCAAAGUCCCAGUAGCUGACACCCUCACACUAAUCAAACAAAACUUCCCAGAAGACAUCACAGCCCUGUUUCACCAUUGCCUCACCACUAGCUACUUUCAGUGGGACACUGGAUUCUAUGAACAGAAGGAUGGAGUGGCCAUGGGGAGCCCUCUCAGCCCAGUAGUAGCAAAUUUCUAUAUGGAAUACUUUGAAAAACAGGCCCUAGAAACAGCACCAAAAAAGCCAACUGUUUGGUUCAGAUACGUAGAUGACACCUUCACAAUUUGGAGCCAUGGAGAGGAAGAACUCAGCAAGUUCCUGGACCAUCUUAACAGCAUCCACCCAAACAUCCAAUUCACCAUGGAAAAAGAAAAGGAAGGAAAACUGCCAUUUCUAGAUGUUCUGGUCAUCCGCAAACCCAAUCAACAAUUGGGCCACACAGUUUACAGAAAACCUACACACACAGAUAGAUACCUUCAUAAAAACUCCAACCAUCACCCAAGUCAAAAAAGGAGCACAAUCAAAGCCCUGACAGACCGUGCACAAAGAAUCUGCGAACCUCACCUCCUCCAAGGUGAACUCAACCACCUAAACUGGGCUCUACAGGCCAAUGGAUACUCCACCACAGACAUCAGAAGAGCUGCAAGGCCAAGAACAAGCCAUGAGAGUCAAGACAAAGAUCCACCCAGAGGAAAGGUGUUCUUACCAUACAUCAAGGGAACUACUGACCGCAUAGGGAAGCUGAUGAAGAAGCACAACCUACAAACUAUCUACAGACCCACGAAGAAAAUCCAACAAAUGCUACGGUCAGCGAAGGACAAGAGGGAUCCUCUCUCUUCUGCAGGAGUCUACCGGAUACCAUGCAGCUGUGGACAAGUCUACAUAGGGACCACCAAACGCAGCGCCCAAACAAGAGUCAAAGAACAUGAAAGGCACUGCAGACUAAUUCAACCAGAGAAAUCAGCCAUAGCAGAGCAUUUGAUGAACCAGCCUGGACACAGGAUACUAUUUGAGAACACAAAAAUGCUGGACCAUUCCAACAACUAUCAUGUCAGACUACACAGAGAAGCCAUUGAAAUCCACAAGCAUGUGGACAACUUUAACAGAAAGGAAGAAACCAUGAAAAUGAACAAAAUCUGGCUACCAGUAUUACAAAACUCCAAAAUCAAAACAGUAGAUGGGAACCAACACAAUGAAGGCUUGACUGAACAAAGGAUGCCCCCAGGCAAGGGACAAAACAUCUCCAAUGCUAAUUAGGGUGAUUAACCGAAACAUUAAUGCUGGCUCCCAGUGACAAAGGACUCUUGCCACACCUUGGACACAGAUAUAUAUUCUUUCCUUUCCUUACUUAGUUUAUCCAUACCUCACAACCUCUGAGGAUGCCUGCCAUAGAUGUGGGCGAAACGUCAGGAGAGAAUGCUUCUGGAACAUGGCCACACAGCCCGAAAGACAUACAACAACCCUAAA